AUGAGUCUGACACGAGGCCACUCGUGUGUUCGGUGCCAGCAGCGCAAGGUUCGCUGCGACCAGCAGAAACCCUGUUCCAACUGUGUUCGGGCGCGGAUCGAAUGCCGCAUCGUGCCUCCGCAGCCGACGAGAAAGAGAAAAAAGAAGCUACAUGAACAGGAGUUGAUCGAACAGCUCCAAAAGAAAAAAGAAGCGCUCAUGACCAAACAUGGUGUCAGCUUUAAAUUGGUCCUAGAGGGCGACGGGGCUGACCUGGAUGCUGACCUCGAAUCGACGGCUUCCCCGAGAGACGGCAAGUCGUCCGAUGAAGAAUAUAGCCGGCCGACGGCCCAUCAUGCCUUCGAUGCCAUGUGGUUCCCCUUCUGUGUUGAAGGACACCCAACUAAUAUCACCCAUUUACAUCCAUCUGCAAUCCAGGUUUUCCAGCUCUGGCAGGUGUAUAUCAUAAACGUCAAUCCUCUGCUGAAGAUCAGUCAUGUUCCCACGCUGCAGCCCCAGAUUCUCGAGGCAGGCGUCUUUGAAAGGUCGACGCCUCAAUCUUUAGAAGCUCUCAUGUUCUGUGUCUACUUUAUUGCGGUAAAAUCGAUGCCAGACGAGGAGGUCCAGAAGACUUUCGGCGCAAUGAAAUCCAUACAUACUCCUGGCUCGAUACAACGAGGCUUCGCAACAGGGGUUGAUUAA